AUGAGGGCAAUAAUUGGUGCGGCCGCCCCCUCCCCCCACGGCGGCUUUACUCGGGGCCUUCCGCCGCCCCCCGCCUGCCUCUCGCCCCGCGCGCUCCGCACCCGGCGCCCCCCAGGGCCGCUCCGACGCCUCUGCGCCCACCGCCCGGGCUCCCACUCACUCGGCUCGGACUCGGGGCAGCUGGCCACCAUUCGGAUGCCCGGCUCCGGCGGCCGCUCUAGCCGCGCAGAGGACUCUGUGCUCCGGGUCCCGGGUCCUGGGUCCUGGCUCCCGGGUCCGACUCUGGGGCCGGAAGUAGGCGGCUCCGCGGGGUGGACCCGCUACAAUCGGCUGCCCGGCUCCGGCGGCCGCUCUAGCCGCUCAGAGGACUCUGUGCUCCGGGUCCCGGGUCGGACUCGGGCCGGAAACAGCCGAGGGAUCUUUCAAACGCACAUCCGAGUGAGACCCCAGCACUCUGCGGAUCAGCGUGUGUCAAAGGCUUCCCCUCGCGCUGACAAUCAAGCGGACCUCGGGCCUGCCCCGGCGCCUGCACGGCCGGAGCUCGCCCAACGCCCUGACCUGCCCCGCGGCCCCUGCCCCGCCUCCUUCCCGCUACCCAACCGGUCCCGCCAGCCUGGCGCGGGCUGCUGCCCGGGGGUCUCCGCCGAGCGCUCGCCCUCCAGUUCGGCCGCUAUUCACGACGCUUCUCUGGGACGGCUUUUCCCCGCCCACCAGGCGAGCUGUCGAGCGUUCCCCUGUCUUUGCUUCCUGAGCGGUGCCUGCAACGCAGUAGGUGGCGCGAGAACACGGCCCCGGGGGCCCCUUCGCAACCUGCGCUGGGUCCCAGCGGCCGUUGCGAGGCCUGAGCCUGCAGUCCCCGCCCCCGCCCGCCCAUCUCCCAGCCCCGCCCCCGCCCCCCGUAGCCCCGCCCCCGCCCCUCCCCGCCGGUCCGUGCCCCGCGGAACUCGGUGCCGCAGCCGCGUUGGCGGAGGAGGUGGUUCGGCGGGAAGCUCGGGCGUUCCGCGGCGAGAGCGGCGCAUGGCGGCCCGAGACGCAGCAGCGGCCGCAAGCCUAGGCGCCGCCCGCACGCCCCGUAGCCCCCGGGCCAUUGGGUCGCCGCCCGGCGCCGCGAGUCCUUCCGCCGUGAGGCCUCCCGCAGCCGGCCUCGGCUCUGGGCCCCCCGCCGGCCGUGACGCCGCCCCCGGGGGCCGCCCCGAGCAACGUGGGGGCGACGGAGCCGCCAAGAACCAGAAGAAGAAAAGCCGGAACGGGGCCCCCGUGGCGCAUGGCGGCGGGAAGGCCCCAGAGGAGCCGGCCCCAGAGGAAGCGCCCCGGAGCGCGGAGGCUCAGGCGGAGCAGCUGGCCCGGGAGCUGGCUUGGUGCGUGGAGCAGCUGGAGCUGGGCCUCAGGACGCGGAGACCGAGUCCGAAACAGAGAGAGCAGGCCGCUGGGGCGAUCCGGAGCCUGCGCAGCGACAGCACCCCCCUGCCGCGGAAGAGGCAGCUGAUGCGCUCCUUGUUCGGGGACUACAGGGCUCGCAUGGAGGCCGAGCGGCGCGACGCCCUGCGGGCUCUCAGGGCAGCGGCCCGCACGGCGCAGGUGCAGCCUGUAGGUGAGGCCACCAGAAAGAAGAGCGGAAGGGUCUGCAGGCCUCGCCAGGCAGGUGUAGCCAAGGCCACCCAGGAUACCCCUGAUGAAGAGUUCAGGUUCAAUUUCUUUUAGCCUGACUUCCAUGCUGGAACACUUCCCCUGCCUGGGUGGUGUGGGGGUUUGUCUUGUGUGGAGCCUCUCCGGGAAUGCUCUGCUGGACAGACGUGAGGUUAGUCCGUCCAUGGCUGCCCAGUGGAUCUGGUGCCAUGGCUGUGGGACGGAUGUGGAACCAGCCUAUCGGGUACUGUCAGAUAAGCACAAGACCGUUUGUAAGUUUUCAGAUGAAAUGUCCAUCCCGCGACAAGAAGGAUGUCUGUUUAGGAAAUUUCUACAAUAAACUGAAGUGAGUGUUCAGCAUAUUGUAGAAAGAAUGUUGCACUUCAUCUUUAGGCUGAGGUUAGGCAGCUGUUUGUAGUAAGGACCACGGAGGAAGCUAUAGAACUGUACACUGGUGCUCACUUAUAAAAGAACUUUGUGUCAAAUGGUGUAGUGCUUUAUAUCAUAAUAUCAUGUUGCUCUAAUAAAACUAUUUUUUGUAAAAAUGGA